AUGAAGGAGAACGGCUUAUGGUCGCUGAUUUGCAUGAUGUGUCUGAUCAUGGGUCUAACCCUGGCACAAACAUCGCAGAUCUGCCCCUCGCACGAUGCCAUCUCGCCCUGUUCCUGCACCCUGAAGAAAUCCGGCCUGGACAUCGUAUGCGAGUUCACCAAUCUCACUCACAUCUCGGAUGUGAUGUCCGCGCUCAAAGGGAGAACGAAUACGGUGAUCUUCUAUCUGAGACUUAGGCACAGCAGUCUGCCGAAAUUGCAGCCGUUCGUGUUCCUCGGUUUGGACAUCCGCCAUUUAACGAUCCACAAUAGCAGCCUGGCGAAACUUGAGGAAUCAUCCCUGAGUUCCAUUGGAACGGGCCUGACGCAGCUAGACCUAUCGCAAAACGCUUUGCUCUCGGUACCUUCGAGCGCGUUGAAAGAUCUUCAGCAUCUGCUCAUCUUGAAUCUGAACCGCAACAAGAUCAAGGCCAUCCAUAAGAAAGCUUUCGAAGGACUUGACACACUCGAAAUACUUUCCCUAUACGAGAACGAGAUCUCCACCAUAGAAGAAGAGGCAUUCACGGGAUUGCAUAACAGGAAGCUGAAAAGAUUGAAUCUGGGAGGGAACGAGUUGAAUAAAGUGCCGACGCAAGCACUGCACAACCUGGACAUGCUGAAGAAGUUGGAGAUACAGGAGAAUAGGCUCACCGUCAUUCAGGAAGGCGAUUUCGACGGUCUGAAAAGUCUGGACUCGCUAGUAUUGGCGCACAAUCAGCUCCGCGAGGUUCCGGCCCGUGUGUUCUCCCACUUGACGCAAUUAAACUCUUUGGAGCUAGACGGAAAUCAAAUUACCCACGUGGAUCCGGAUGCGUUCAUCGGUCUCGAGGAGAACCUGCAAUAUUUGCGGCUGGGCGAUAAUAAUUUACACGCGGUGCCGAGCGACGCUUUGCGCCGUCUACAUCGAUUACGCCACCUCGAUUUAAGGUCCAAUAACAUUACGCUGCUCCCGGAGGACGCUUUCACCGGAUAUGGAGAUUCCAUUACGUUUCUGAACCUUCAAAAGAACUUGAUCAAGAUGUUGCCGCCGUUGGUAUUCGAGAAUUUGAACUCGUUGGAAACGUUGAAUCUGCAGAAUAACAAGCUCACGCAGAUACCGGAGGAAGUGACUGAAAAUAUCGUGGACACCCUGCGACACAUCGAUAUCACGGACAACCCUCUGAUCUGCGACUGCGAGCUACGAUGGUACUCCGUGUGGUUGGGAAAUCUGCGUGACAAGGACGACGAACGGAUGUCGAGGAAGCGUACAGUGUGCACCAUGAUGAACGAGCACCGAGAGUAUUCGGUUCAGAACAUACCGUUAGAGAGAAUGGGUUGCGUCGGGAAAAAUGCUGGGCGAACUUCGUCGACCGGCAAUUGUCACGUUUAUGUCGACACGAUGCUCCAAUUGUUAACCACAGCUAUUGCUAUGCUCUAACUGGGACGUUCAGUCACGUGACGCUUUUAGUUUUCCCAUACGCGUAUCCAUACCCCCUGAUUCACGAACGCGAGAACCAGCUACCGGCGGCAUUUUCCUUGUUUCCUCCACUCACGCUGCUAGCUCCGUCAAUUUACGUUGUUCUUUUGUCGUUAAACAAUCGUGCCACGGUCGCGGAGACGUGGCAUGAUUGAACGAUUAACAAUGUUUCAUUUCACGACGAGUUUACUUCACGAUAAUUA